CAACAUCUCUACAAAUAGAUCUCAAGCGACUCCAGCGCGCUCGGCGCUUCCACCCACCAUCAAUCCAAUUCCCAUCAGCAUCUCCUCAUCUUGCGCCUCACUGUGCAGCGACCAUGAACACGUCUCUUUCUCAAUAAUCAAUAAGAAAACCCACUCUCAGCAACAGGCCCCCACUUCGUCACCGCCACAUCCGAUCAGAAUGCCUGACCCGCAACCACCACCCCGCAUCCUCACGACCCCAAAGCCACCUCUCCGCAAUUCCUCCCAGAAUGGGCAAUUAAAGCAACGACGAAACCCAGCCUCCACAACCCUAACCCUUGACCUCCUCCUCACUGUCCUCUCGCGCACAAUCUUCCACCCCUUCGUCGCCUGGAUCAUCGUCCUCUGUCUCCGCGCCCAAGCCACGCCCUACACGGCGACGCCCUUCAUCGUCGCCGCGGGCUACGCAAUCCUUCUCUCUCUUCUGUCGAUCCUACAGAGUCUGAACCAGCAGAUUGCGUACGGGGAACCGCGGCGCGUCGAUCUUAGCGAGGAGGUCGUCGUGGUUACGGGCGGAGCGAGCGGGUUGGGGCUGCUGAUUGCCCGGAUCUACGGGUUGAGGGGCGUGAGUGUUGCUGUGCUGGAUGUGAAGAAGGAAGAGGAGCUGGAGGGAUGGGGAGAGGAGAUCGUUGGGGUGCAGUAUUAUCGAUGUGAUGUUGGGGAUCGCGCGGCGCUGGAGGCGACGGUGAGGAAGGUGGAAAUGGAGCUAGGGACACCGACUGUGCUGAUUCAUUGUGCGGCCGCUCGAAUCAACGGUCAAUCGCUUCGAGAUCUCCCCGCGGAGGCGUUCCAGAAGACCAUCCGAACCAACUUGCUCGCGGCUUUUCAUGCCUACCAGGUUUUCCUGCCACGGAUGCUGUCCGCCGCCACGGGCGGCACCAUCGUGACUGUCAGCUCAGUUCUGGGCCAACUAUGCGCGGCUGGGCUGGCAGACUACUCGGCGAGUAAAGCCAGCUUGAGCGCCAUGCAUCGCACGCUAGAGGCGGAACUCCGUGCGUCGGCCGACGAUGACAAGGUGAAGAUGAUCCUGGUGGAACCCGGACAGAUUUCAACGCCGCUUUUCCAAUCGGUCAAAACGCCAAACCGCUUCUUUGCGCCCGUCCUCGAACCAGUCCAUGUGGCGCAAGAGAUCGUUUCUGCAAUUGACAGCGGGAGAGGCGCCGUGAUCCGACUACCCACAUUUGCCAUGCUUGUCAAUUGGUAUGCGGUGAUGCCUGCGAGUCUGCAGCAAUUUGCGCGGUAUCUGAGCGGGAUUGACAACGCCGUGACACAAGCCUCCUCGUCCCAGAUAAAAUCGUCAGCCACCACUACUCCGCCAAGCAACCAACCACCACAAAGCGAGCCGCUUUCCGUAGCCAAGAAAUGUUGAAAUGAUGGCGAGUGGGCGGUUGCGAUGAACAUUUCAAGAGUGUGGAACCAGCCACGCGAUGAAUAUAGACAAGGCAGAUUCUUCCACUCAGUUUCAACGUAGAGCGUAAGAUUGCCCCAAAACUUCCCAGGGAGAGCAGUGACCAAUGGAAAAGCGCAGUAUGUGAUGAAGCCUCAUCUACUGCUCCGUGGCCAGAAUCAUUUUCUCGCGCUCGCUCUGUCUCUUCUUCAGAUUGUCCUUCUUGGUGUGCUUCCGGACGUUCUCCUCGCGUCUCUUGAUGGCCAUCAGCUCCUCUCUCUUGAUCUCGCGAGCCUUCUUGAUCGGCUUGGGGACGUGACGCUG